AUGGGGGGCCCGAGGGUUGUCCCCGAGGGCGCUCCGACGGUCAAAUUAGUUUUCCGGAACCCUAGCAGCGCGGCGCAGGGCGGCUGUCCGGGGCCUGGGGCCGAGACCCAGCUCGGCCAUGCCUGGGCUGCCACGUGUCUAGACCCAGGACGGGACCUCUGCAGAGUCAUACACCGUGAUGUCAAGGACACAAACAUCCUGUUGGAUGAGAAUCUCGUGGCCAAGAUUUCAGACUUUGGUCUAUCCAAAUUGGAAAAGUUUACCCAAUCAAGGAGCUAUGUUAGCACAAAAAUAAAAGGAACUUUUGGUUACUUGGAUCCAGAUUAUUUCAUGACUCAAAAUUUGACUAGAAAAACAGAUGUCUAUGCCUUUGGCGUUGUGAUGUUGGUUGCUUUAAGCGGGAGACCUGCAGUGGACUCCAGAAAUCCAGAGGAACCAUGGAGUUUGCUAUCAUGCUUCAGAGACUGCAUUGCAGAAGGGGAAGUUGAUAGGAUUGUUGACACAAGUUUACGGGGGAAAAUACCAUCCAACAGCUUAAGAGAAUUUGUGAAAUCUGUGGAAAACUGCUUGCAGCAUCAGCCCAAGAAACGACCUACAAUGGCUCAAGUUGUUGCAAACCUCGAGUCUGCAUUGGAGCAGCAGGAUAGCACCAUAUUUUCAUUAAGAAAUUCAGCUCCUUUAGUUGGCCAGUCUUCGCAGAUUGGAACUCCCGAGUCACUAAAAUUUGUUAAGAGCGAGGUGGCUCAUAUAGAUGAGGAGCGCAAUCAGAGUAAGGUAGCCCAAUUGCAAGACGAAAUCCAGUGUCCGGUAGCCCAAAUAGAUGAGUUGAGUGCCAUGGCUCCUCCAAAUGAAGAAACUAAAAGUAAGCACAGCCAGAAUCUUGCCUUUCCAGUUAGAGGAAAACCAACUUGGAGCGGGUGGCCAUAGAAAGCAGCUCGGCAUAGAGGGAAGGCAAUGAAGACAACAGAAUUAGUCUCACCAAAUGAUUUGGUUCCACCAAGUGAUUCUGGUCCUCGCUUUUCAAUUCAAGACAUCCGAGCAGCCACUGACAAUCUCGUUGAUGGCUUUGCUAUCACAAAUAAUGGAUCAUGGAAAUUUUGCAUAGGAUUUAUCCAGCAACUAAAGAUGACAGUUUCCAUUUACCAGUUUCAUUUUGAAAUAUUUGGUCGGGAGGUUUUGGAACUAUGCCGUGAGAUUGAGAGACUAUCACGAUUGAGACACCCCAACUUGCUGUCUUUGAUUGGGUAUUGUUACCAUGAAGAUGAGAAUAAGAUAUUCAUCGUCUAUGAUCAUAUUGGCUCCAUCAGCCUCGACAAACAUCUCUACGGAACCAGAAAUGUUGCUCUUCCAUGGAAGCGCAAACUCCGCAUUUGCCUCAGUGUAGCACAAGGGCUAGGUCACCUGCAUAGGAGUCUGGGGCAAGCUACUAUCCAUCACGACUUGAGGGCGGCAAACAUACUCUUGGACGAGGACGGGAAUCCAAAGAUUUCUCUAAUCGGCUUGUACAAAGUAAGCCAUGUGCAUCAGCUUGCCAAGCCCUCAACCAAAGUUCAAGCAACGGGCGUGGAGUAUUUGUCUCCUGACACCAAGACCACUGAUUCACAAUCAUUUGAAAAAUCUGAUGUGUGCUCGUUUGGUUUGUUGUUGCUGGAAGUUCUAUGUUGUCGAAGACCAAUAGAUUCUGAGCUAGAUCACGAUAACGAUGACAGGUACCUUAAACAUUGGGUAAAAAAUAACAUCAAAACCAAGAAGCUUCAUCAGAUUCUUGACUUCAAUUCCAAAAGGGAAAUUGCAGCAGCAUGUUUAGCUGAAUUUCUGAGGGUUGCUUUUAGCUGCUCGCUGGUCUGCGAAACUGAACGGCCAUCGAUGGAUGAUGUUAUCAAGAAAUUAGAGUCCGCAUUGAAGUUGCAAGAGCAAGCAGAAGCUAUGAAGCAAGAUUUUAAGGGAAAAGGCUGUGAUGAUGGUUUCAAUCUGGAGGAUAUUUACCAUGACAUAUCAAUAUCAAAUCUUGCGGACAAUUGAAGUGUUUAAACCACCAUCACUUCACUCAAGCUUGCAAAUUCUAGAUUGAGGGGCAAUUUCCUGUAGUAAGUCGUUAGUUGUUGAUGCCCAGCCGAUUCUUGUAGAUUUUCCUUCUAAGCGUCACAGAUUACCAAUUAGAGCCAUGAUUAAUAUGUACAAUAUUAAUUUGGACAGUGUAUUAUUUGAAAUAUUAUUUGGAAUAA